AUGGCACGACGAGGACGCGCAGUAUGGCUGGAGCGCCUGAUUUUUAUUGUUUCUCUGGGACUAACAUUGGAUUUUACUUCGGCACAACUGCGAUACUCUAUUCCAGAGGAGCUGGCGGUGGGCGCUGUGGUUGGUAAUGUGGCUAAAGAUUUAGGGCUGGAUCUCAGUGCUUUGAUCGCUCGAGGAUUCCGCAUAGUAUCGGGAUCAGGUGCAUCGGGAUCAGGUGCGCCCCUGUUCCAACUCAGUCAGAAUGGCAUCUUACUCUUGAACCGAAAAAUAGACCGAGAAGAGGUGUGCGAACGCAUCACUGCCUGCAUUAUUAACAUAAAGACUGUCCUGGAGAACCCGCUGGAGGUGCACUAUGUUGGAGUUGAAGUUUUGGACGUUAACGAUCACGCUCCCACUUUCUCUGCCAAUGAGACGUAUUUGGAGAUUUCAGAAUCCACUUUACCAGGCGCGAGAUUUCAGCUGCAGGGCGCCCGCGACCCGGACAGCGACAUGUUUUCUAUUCAACAGUAUAAGCUCAGUCAAAAUGAUCAUUUUCGGCUGGAGGUUAAAGAUGGAGGAGAGGAUGGCAAAAUCCCUGUGUUGUAUUUGCACAAACCGCUGGACAAAGAAGCUGCAGGAAGUCACAGGUUGCUGUUGACAGCAGUCGAUGGAGGAAAACCUGCUCGAUCGGGAACAUUGGGAAUAAUCAUUAAUGUUUUGGAUGUUAAUGACAAUAUGCCAGUUUUUUCCAAAGAGUCAUACACUGCAGUUGUUAAUGAAAAUUCACCUAUUGGCACAACUGUUGUAAAAGUAAAUGCCACAGAUUUGGAUGAUGGUUUAAAUGGGGAGGUGGUUUAUUCAUUUGGAAAUAAUGUAAAUAACAAAUUGAGGAACCUUUUUGAGGUUGAUGCCAGCACUGGUGAAAUUAUUGUUAAAGGACUCCUAGAUUUUGAAGCUAAAGACAAAUAUGAAAUUGUUAUUAAAGCUUCUGAUAAAGGACAAGUGCCCCUUUCAACAGAAAAAAGUGUCAAAAUAAGUAUUGUGGAUCUGAAUGACAAUGCACCAGAGAUAGAAGUGACAUCUUUUUCAAGUGCAGUUCCUGAAGACUCAAAACCUGGGAGAACAGUAGCAUUAAUAAGUGUAAAUGACAAUGAUUCAGGUGUGAAUGGAAAGGUGAUUUGUUCUAUUAACGAAAAUGUACCUUUCACACUAACUCCCUCUUUACAGGAAAAUAUGUAUUCUAUAGUCACAAAAUCCAUGCUGGACAGAGAGCAUCAGUCCAAAUAUGAUGUGAAAAUAUUUGCAAAAGAUGCUGGUGAACAUCCUUUGUCAUCUGAAAAGACAAUAACUGUGACAGUAUCAGAUGUGAAUGACAACAGUCCAGAGUUUUCAGCAAAUCCAUAUACAUUUUAUGUCACAGAGAACAAUGUUGCAGGAGCUCCGUUAUACUCUGUGAGUGCACAUGACUGUGAUGAGGGCAGUAAUGCUCUCAUAUCUUAUAACAUAGUGAGGAGUGCUACUGAACACAAAAAGCUGACAUCAUUUUUAAACAUAAACUCUGAAAGUGGAGAAGUUGUGGCACUGAAAAGUUUUGACUUUGAAACCCUGAAAACUUUCCAAUUUCAAGUUAUAGCCACAGAUUCUGGAACUCCAUCACUCAGCAACAACGUGACAGUCAAUGUGUUCAUUCUGGAUCAGAACGACAACGCUCCAGUCAUCCUGUAUCCACUCAGCUCCAACGGCUCUGCUGAAGGUGUGGAGGAAAUUCCCCGCAAUGUCAACGCAGGACACCUGGUGACUAAAGUCAGAGCCUAUGACGCUGAUAUAGGAUAUAACGGCUGGCUGUUGUUCUCACUGCAGGAAGUCACUGACCACAGUCUCUUUGGUUUGGACCGCUACACAGGACAGAUCAGGACGCUUCGCUCUUUCACAGAGACAGACGAGGCUGAACAUAAACUGGUCAUAAUGGUCAAAGACAACGGAAAUGUUUCACUUUCAGCAACAGCAACUGUGACUGUCAAACUUGUGGAGCCUAAAGAGGCCUUUGCAGCUUCUGAUGUCAAAAGUGCAACAAAAGAUGAUGACAACAACGUGACUUUUUAUCUGAUGAUCACUUUAGGAUCCGUCUCAGCACUUUUUCUCAUCAGUAUAAUUGUGCUGAUUACAACACAGUGCUCCAAAUCCACAGACUAUACAUCUAAAUAUUUACAAGAGACUAAUUAUGAUGGAACACUGUGUCACAGCAUUCAGUACAGAUCUGGAGAUAAGCGAUACAUGUUGGUUGGACCCAGAAUGAGUAUUGGAUCUACCAUUGUCCCCGGCAGCCAUGCAAAUACUUUAGUGCUACCUGACAGGAGGCGUGCUUCUGAAGAGGUAAGACUUUAUUCAAGAUUACACAAUGAUAAAACUCUGAUGAGGUAA